CACACACACGCAGCUGUCAGUGUCAGGUGUAACAUCUAACGGUCAUUUCGGUUUGUUUUCAAACGUUUCUCGUAUCGAAACUGUAAGGCGUUUUAAUGUUUUUUGAAUAAAAGCGGGCCAAUGGAAACCCUCAAGGAACCCAUAAGCGUAAGGGUGGCGCGACUGAACUCAGAACUCACCGGUAAAACGAAAACACCUGAAAGAGCCCCCUUGAUAAGCCGAGAGACUGUUCUGGACGCCCUACAGGUCCUGUACGAUGAGUGCAGUGCUGAGGGAAUGCAAAAGUUGGACUCGAACAUUGCGAGUUUUGUGCUAAAGUAUAAAAGUGCCAUCAAGAACCUGAAGACUCUCAGGGUGAAUAUCAGUGACUUUGAGAUUAAGAAUAUUAUAGGAUGUGGCCACUUUGGAGAAGUGCACGUAGUGAAAGAAAAGCAAACUGGCGACAUAUACGCAAUGAAAACCAUCAGGAAAUUUGACAAUGGGACAAAAAGAAUGUCCUUUGAAGAGGAGAGGGACAUAAUGGCGUUCGGGGCCUCGCCGUGGCUCACCAGCCUGCAGUACUCGUUUCAGGACAGUUCCUAUUUGUUCUUUGUCAUGGACUAUCACCCUGGUGGGGACCUAUUGGGGCUCCUCUAUAGAGUAGGCGGCAGUUUGCCAGAGAGCGCAGCCGUAUUCUAUCUGGCCGAGUUAGUUUUGGCUCUUCACCAUCUCCACGGCAUGGGCUACGUGCAUCGGGACGUAAAACCCGACAACAUCUUACUUGACCGUUGCGGGCACUUGAAGCUAACGGAUUUCGGUUCGGCUGCCAAACUGGGCAAAGACGGCCUGGUUAAGGUGGGCCCCCCGGUGGGAACGCCCGACUACAUUGCCCCCGAAGUGCUGCAGUGCUUGGACAACAAAAGCGAGAAAACAUCGGGAUAUGGGAUUUCCUGCGAUUUUUGGUCGUUGGGGGUGCUUGCCUAUGAGCUGACCAUCGGAAGUCCGCCCUUCGAGGGCUCGACCUCGACAGCCAUCUACUCGAAAAUUAUCAAUCAUCCCAAAAGCCUGAAGUUCCCGGCCGACGUGUGUUUGAGCCAGGCCUACGUCGGUUUCAUCAAGGCGCUGAUCACUGAUGCAAAAUCGCGGUUGAAACCGAGCAAAAUCCAGGCGCAUCCGGUCUUCACAGGGACCAAAUUCGCCACGCUCAAAGACCAGGUGCCCCCUUAUGUGCCGAAAAUCAGCUCGAUGGAGGACACCAGUAAUUUCGUCGACGUGCAAGCCAAGAAGAAGCAUCCCAGCAUGGAGCAUUUCAAGAAAAGGUCGCAGUUUUCCGGGAGAAAUUUGCCGUUUGUUGGCUUCAGCUUCACGCACGAAGAGCCGGCGGCGUUUGAUCAAGCCUCGAAAAGGCGCUCGAUCCAAGAAACCGGACUGGUGGACAGCCUCAAAGCCGAACUGGCCAGUCUGAAGAUGACGCUGGCCAAAAGCGGCGAUCUCGUCCAGGAAAAGGACAACGUGGAGAAGCGCCUGGACGAGACAACGAUCAAACUGCACAGCGUUGAGGCGCUGCGCGACUCACUGGAACAGCAACUCGCUGAAAGCCUGGCUGAGUCAACCGCGGUAAAGCGUCGACUGGAGCUGGAGCGCAGGGAGCGGAUGAGUUUGGAGAAAAAAGCGCUGGAUCUAAUCAAAGGGGCGAAACUCAAGUGGGAGCUGGCCGAGAAAUCCAAGGUGGAAGCUCUGGACCUGGAAAUUCGCCAACUCAAGUCCAAAAUCGAACAGCUGAGCCACACCAAUCAGAUGCUGGAAGAACAGUUGCAUCAUGCCAGGAAAAUCGAGGAAAACACCAGACAAUCUGCGGAGGCCGAGCAAAACAUCACGAGGCGAAGCGUUGUGGGCCUGGAAAACCUCCUGGGGAAGGUCAACGCGGAAAAACAGAGCCUCAUUUCCCAACUGCAAAACAAACUAACCGAGGAAAUCUCCCACACAUCCCAUCUACAAAACGAACUCCUUCAACAGCAGGAAGCGAUGGAAAGGAAAACGCUCGAGAUGGAGAGCGUGCAAGCGAAGCUGAAGCGCAGCAAAUCGCAGUAUGUGCAGCUGCAAAACACCCUGCAGGACAAUGAAGCUGUGGUAAAGCAACUGAGCCGCAAAGUGAACGAGCUUGAAAAGGAUUCAGACAAGCUGGACGAGUACGAAAUGGAGAUCAAAUCGCUUCGCGGGAAGUUCGACGACAGUCAAAAAACCCUCAAAAACCUCCAGAACAAGACGAGCCGCUUGCAGAGCGACUGCGACGCUUUUGAGCAACUAAACUCCGAAACUGUGAGUCUCAAACUGAAAAUGGCGCAGCUGCAAAAGCGCGUCGCCGACCUGGAAAAGCAGCUGGAGCAGAAAACCGAGGAAUGCCGCACCUUGAAGAAGAACGCGGACGGGGCCGAUACUGGACAGGCGGCCAAUCAGGAGCUGCGAGAGAAACAGUUGCAAACCUAUAAGAUGCAAAAAGAGCUCUCCGACUGUAAAAUUGAUAAGCGAAUUUUGGAGCGCGAGCUCAAGGAAGCAAGCGCCGAGCUGAAACAACUGCGUGAGACACUCACCCGCUCAGAAAACCAGCUGCUCCAAAGCAAGAAAGCCCAGGAGCUCGCGCUGCUUGAACUCUCUGAGAUCAACGAGAACAUUUCCAUGGAACUGAUGCGCUCGCAAGACAAUGUGAAAAUGCUCCAGGUAAAGGAAAAGCUGCAGCACGAAAAGAGCAAGACCGACGAGGAGAAAACCAUCAUCGCCGAGCUCAAGGGCUUCCUGAAGACCAAAGAGGAUUCCAAUCGCCAGCUGGCCAACCAGAUUGAGGCCCUCCAAUCGGAACUUUCCUCAGCAAACCUGCGCUGCAACAAGGAGGAAUCGGAAAAAACCAAGCUCAUCUCCCUGGUCGAACAGCUGCAAAAGGAAAAGGCCCAUCUGGGCGAACUCCUGGAGAAAAGCGCCUCCGAACAGACCGCAAUGAAAGUGAACUUGGAGGCCUUGCGUGAAGCCUGCACUUUACUGGAAGGCCAAGUGGUCGAGUACGAGAAACUGUUGGCCCUAAGCAAGGCCAAGCAAUCGGAGCUGAGCGGCAACACUGAGAAACUCAUCUCCGACUUGUGCGAGGCGCGCAAAGACACUCAAGCCGCUAAAAGGCACAUUAACGAGGAGAAGUCGCUUCGUGCCGUUGCGGAACAUCGCAUUAAGAGCCUGCAGGAGGACCUGGAGUGCAUGGAGAGGGAGUGCGCCGACUACAAGAACCAGUGCAUGGAGUACAAGAGUUAUUCCGCCACUCUAUCGGAAGAGCUAUCGGGCGCCGAAGACAAAUUGAGCAACACCGAAGUGCUGGUCACAUCCUGCGAGCGGCAGGUGCGCAAGCUUACCACCGAAAACAACCAACUGAAGGAGGAAAUCGCCCAUCACAUCACGGAAAUCGGGAGUUUAAAGGAGUCCAAGUACACCCUCACUCACCAGGCGGAGGACUUGAAUAAAAACAUUGCCGCUCUUGCGCAGCGAAUCCGGGACCUGGAAGUGACCUUGGAAGAGCAGAUGAACUACCACAAGGAAAGAGAGGUGAAGGCUGAGGCUCGCGAUAGACAACACCUGAAGUUGAUUGAUUAUUUGCAGUCAAAGAUCGAGGAACUUUCCCACAAGAAAAAGUCCCUAACCGAGGUGAUUUUCGGCAGUUCGAAGAAGGAAAAUCAGCCGCCCAUUUCCCGGGCUUUGAACUAUCGCGACUUGGAGGCGCAGCUGACCAAAGAGAAGGAAACGAGCAAAAGGCUCAAGGAACAAGUCGUUAAGCUGAAGUCGGCCACUAUGUGUGAGCUCAGCACCAAUGGAAAGCCGGGCCUCAAAAUGGAAAAGUCCAAAUCGGAAAUUCUAACGCCGCGCACUAAAGCCGUUUUGGAUCAGAUUGCCACUUCACCCACUCAGAAGCGGCAGGUGAGCCAGAGCUCUGUGAGGAGAAUGCAUCAUAAUAUUCCGCACAGAUUCGAGUCGAAGUUGAACACGAUGCCGCAAAAAUGCCCACAAUGCCAUCAACCAAUCCCAAUCGGCCGCAACUGUAGCAUUUGCAAAGAAUGCAAAAUAGCUGGACAUCCAGCUUGCGCUCCACUCCUGCCGAAAGUGUGUGGAUUACCGAAGGAGCUGGCCAAUCACUACAGGGAGAUUUUCGAGAACGCCGACCCGCCAGGCAAUGGGGAGUGCGGCGAAACGGUGUGUGAAGGAUGGGUGAAAUUGCCAUGCAAAAAACUCAACUCAUGGGAGAAAAGGUUCGCCCGCCUCACAUCAAGCUCGCUGGAAAUAUUCACAGAUGCGGCUUGCGCUGCGCCGCUGAAGAGCUUCCCAUUGAAGCCGGAAGGCUCACAUGGAAAAAUAAUUUUGGAACCAGUCCCAUCCGAGAUCGGAAUGCCGGUGGCCAAUAGCGACCUGCCAUUCAUCAUCAAAGUGGAAGUGAGCCCCGAAACAACGUGCUGGCCGUCCGAUAGCCUCGUCCUGAUGGCGCUCACUGCCAAAGACAAGGACACCUGGGUUUCCGGGCUUCAACGGUUCUUUGCACCUGAUCCGGCCGCCUCCAAGUUGGAAACUCUUGCGAAAUUGCCGGCGAAUUUAUCAGUAAACUGUAUGGUGGAGCUGACUGAGAACAUCAAAGUCCUGGGCACUGACCAGGGGCUUUUCUCCUACUACAACAACAGUAUUAGCGCGUUGAGGAUCGAAGGCGUGGCCAAUGUUGAGCAGAUUUCGCUGUUUGAGGAUGCAGUUCUGAUGAUCCAUGGCGCCAAGUUGACCCUGAUUGGGUGCGAUGUGAACCAUCUGAUCAAUUUGACUCAGUGCGCCCCAUGCGCGAAGCCCACGUUAAACUACCACAACAUCAACGUGAACAAUUUGAGCGGAUUUCAUCUUUUGCAGGUGUCGAAACAUGCUUCGCAGAAAAAAAUCGCUGUUGCAACAGCCAAACAGCUCCUAAUCCUCGAGUACUACUACGAAAGCAAAGAGUUCGUUCCAGUGCGGAUUCUGGACACCGCCCAGCCAACUAGCUGCAUGCUAUUCACUGAGCACAGUCUGAUCGUUGGGGCCGACAAGUUCUUCGAAAUCGAUCUGAGCCUGUUCCAGGCCGAGGAAUUCCUGGACGCGUCCGAUCUGAACCUAAAACCGGCCCUCAAAUGCCACAAAUUGGGCAGUUUUCCCGUCGGCAUUGUGGAAGUGUCGCAGAAUCCUCGCGAGUACCUGCUGACGUUCAAUGAGUUUUCGAUUUUCGUGGAUGAAUACGGGCGCUCGUCCAGAGAGAAGGAGAUCAAGAACCAGCACCUUCCGCUGGCAGUGCAUUUAAUCAAGAACUACCUGUACGUGGUGCAAUUUGCUGCGGUGGAGAUCCUGAAAAUCAGCGAAGAGCUUUGCAGCCUGAUGGCAGGCGAUUCGUACCGGCUGGGCCUGACGAAGUUCAAGCUACUGGGGGCGAACGCCAAAGGUAUUUUCAUCGAGCACGAUGCCCACGUGAAGUUCCUCAAUGCCAGACACUUGCCCGACUACGAUGCGGUCUCAAUCGGAUCGGAAACCACCGAUAACAGUCGCUUCAGUUUCACCAGUUCGAUGGUGCAGAGUUUGGAUGGCAAUGGGAGCGACUCUGCAGACCUGGACCAUGCACCGAGAGUGAAAUUCCAGCAGACUGACUUAUAGCGAUCAGCAUAGUCGGUAAGUGUUUCGUUUUUACCAUCAAGUGCGCGGCUUGAUUGGAAUCUGUGAGUGUUUGCUGUGCUGCUGUGAAACAGUGGCUUUAUUUAAUAAUACUGUACAAGGCAAGCGAGCAGUGAAAACAUCUGUAAAAAUCUUAACAUAAAUAUCUCUGCGGAAAAUAAAUUAACAACAGCG